AUGCGAGGCGUAAGCCUUGAAGCGUUGAGCCAGUGUCCAGAUCUCGAGCGCCUUGCUCCGCCUCGCUCCGCCUUGCUCCGCCUCGCUCCGCCUUGCAACGCCUCCUCACGCCUUCUCCGUGCUAAACGUGCAACUCGCGAAGCAGCAGACCGCCUCGGGCGUUUUCCGGCAGCCUCGCUACGAAGUGCGCUCCGACGCGCGCGAAAGCAUGCCUUUGAAAACACUGACCUACCAAAGUUUUACAAUAUUGUUUCGCGUCUUUUGAAGAAGCCAGGAGGUGUAUUUACUGUUUGCUGCUACAAUGACAUUGAAGUUGGUCCAACAUUUGAUCCUAUUAUGAAGCGAUUUCAUGACACAACACUUCCCUUCUGGGACAAGAUCAGCACUAUUUGA